GCGACGCCGCGGCCAUGUCGGACCUGGGCUCUGAGGAGGGCGACGAGUCCGGGGAGGCCGGGGCGGACAUCGGGGAAUAUGAAGGCGAUCGCAAUUCCGAAGGGGAGCGGCAUGGAUUUGGGAAGGCACGGCUGCCCAAUGGUGACACCUACGAAGGGGAAUACAAGCAUGGUUUGAGGAGUGGACAUGGGACCUACAGGUUUAAAAACGGUGCUCUCUACACUGGGGACUACCUUGAAAACAAGAAGCAUGGAAAAGGUGUAUUUUUUUAUCCAGAUGGAUCAAAAUAUGCAGGAGACUGGAUGCAUGACCAGAGACAGGGCUAUGGAGAGUAUCUGUAUGCAAAUGGAGACACUUAUACUGGAGAAUGGGCUGACAACAAGAGGCAUGGGCAAGGCACAUAUGUCUAUAAAGACACAGGAUCUAAGUAUGUUGGAGCUUGGGUAAAUGGAAUCCAGGAAGGACCAGCUGAACUUAUCCACCUAAACCAUAGAUUUAAGGGCAGGUUUCUCAAUGGUAAGCCUUUAGGUCCUGGCAAAUUCAUCUUUGAUAUGGGAUGUGAGCAGCAUGGUGAAUACAUAGAACCAGAGCAGGAAAAAGAGGAGGAAGAAGAGGAUGAACCACCAUUACCUGUUGAACCAAAAUGGAAAGCAUCAGAAAUUACCAAAUUAACACCCUGGUCUCCCCAUGAGGAAGAGCCAGCCCCCAGAGAAGCAGAAGGAGCAGUAACUGAAGAAGAGAAAAUUCCUUCAGUUACAGUCACUGCAGAGGGUGGGGGUCAUGAGCCCUCCAGUGAGGAUUUUAACCCAGCAAGCAAUGGAGGGGAAGGUGAGGGAAGAGAGGAAGAAGUAAACCAAGGUCAGUAGGAUCAAGAAAUUACUGAUUUAGGAGGAUGAACCAGAGGAAACAGAGGAAUUGGGUACAACUAAAGGAAAAGACCCCAAAACUGAAAUUUUGGAAUAGAUGACUUAGUGUGGUAAGCCUGCAAUAUUUUUGUUUGUAAAAGGAUGUGUUAAGAUGCUUUGAAUAAACAUUUCUGUCACUGUUCUGUCUGGAAUGUGUAUCUUUGGACCUUUAUAAUCUCCGAGUCUCACAGCAACUUCCUUUAUUCCAUGUAGCCUGUAAUCAGGUGUUGAAUUCAGUGCUAAAAUGUAUAAAUAGUGAAAAAGUUUUGAUAGUUGCUGUGCUGGCUUUUUAUCUCUGUACCUUCCCUUUCUUGGUAAAUAAAAUCCCUAUGUUGUCCUCA